CGCACAAGCCAAACCAGAACACGGCGCGCGCACGAGAGGCUUAGCCGAUCUGGACAGACUAUCGCGAGAAGACCAGUCUAGCGCAGCUUCUACAAGCAUGCGGAACCUCUCCGUCUGACCGAUCAAGCCCUACCAGCCGGCAGAAAGCCUGUCACUUGACCCCAGGAUUUGGCGGACGUCGACGAACGAAUGUAGGUCAUCUGCUGCUGAACAGACAGCACACGUCGCCCGACAUGGCGAGCCUGCAGGGACCGCUGAGCUUAUCCGACGACGCACUGCACCAUCGUCAAGCACUCGCAGAACUCAAAACGCGACAGCCAGGCUCGAACGCACUCGGCGGAUCAAUCGCAGCGCAUCAUGACCUCUUAGACCGAGCACUCGCACCAUCGCCCGCAGACGAGCAAAUAGAUCAGCAAGCACUAGACGAAGCUACCCUGCGACAGAGACCAAAGAUCACAGCCCGGCCACUGUCGGAUAUGCUCGCGACGACGAAUACGUCGCCCGUGGAUGCACUUCCGCCGCCGCUGCACAAUGCAGACAGGCCGACACCGCCUGCUGAGCCGGAAGGACUGCAUCAUCAUCUGACUCAAGCUCUAGCAGCAGAUGCCGCUCCGGGCUCUGUGAUCUCGCCUGGCGAAGAGACGAUUGGGUCAGGUGCCAGUUCGCUCAGUCGGAUGUCCUCUGUCACGAGUACCGAUUCGGUCCAAGCUGUCCCGAUAAGGACGCCUGCAUCACGCUUGAUGAGCCGGCAAUCGUCUGCCCAGGCAGCGGGCUCGGCUGGAGGCUAUUUUUCCUCUCGUUUUGGCGGCCAGAACGCCAAUCUGCCCGUCCUCACGCCUGGCGCACUACCGUCUGGUCGUCCAGUCGUAUCUGGUGGAGGAUGGACUCCGGGUCAAUCUGCUACAACGAGCCGGCGCAAUUCCCACGUCGAUAUGCUAACGGGCGCCGAACUCACUGCGGAUCAGAUGCCCGUUCUGCCAGGCCCGCCGCUGACACCACAGACUUCCAACUUUCCAGGUCAACUGCAGCUCACACCCGGGCUCCUACGAACACCGAGGCAAGGCAUGGUCGAAUCAAGGCGAGCCUCCCAGACGAGCAUCAACGGCAUGGCUGUGCCUCGCAAAUCGGCGGCUGAUUUUGAGUUUGGCGACAUCUUAGGCGAAGGCAGCUAUUCGACCGUCUUCGCUGCGACCGACAAGCUCCCGCCGCAUCGACAAUAUGCACUCAAGAUCCUGGACAAAAGGCACAUCGUCAAAGAGAAGAAGAUCAAGUAUGUCAACAUCGAAAAGGAUACCCUCAAUCGUCUCGAACGUCAUCCUGGCAUUGUCCGCCUCUUCUGGACUUUCCACGACGAGUCAAGUCUAUACUUUGUUCUCGAGCUGGCCGAGAAUGGAGAGAUCCUCAAAUAUAUCAAGCAGAAUGGCUCAUUCGAUGUGAUCAGCGCGAGGUACUACUCCGCGCAGAUCCUUAGCGCUCUUGAACAUAUCCAUUCUCGGGGCGUGCUACAUCGCGACCUCAAGCCGGAGAACAUCUUGCUCGAUGCCCAUAUGCGCAUCAAGAUCACUGACUUUGGUACGGCCAAGCUGCUCGACCCGACUUCCUCAGAAGCAGGCGGCAAUGACGCCACCAUGGAACGUGCCAAUUCCUUCGUUGGCACCGCAGAGUAUGUCAGUCCAGAGCUUCUGACAGAAAAGACGGCAUUCAAAUCAUCAGACUAUUGGGCUUUUGGCUGCAUUGUUUAUCAAAUGCUUGCCGGACGACCGCCUUUCAAGGCGGCGAACGAGUAUCUGACCUUUCAGAAGAUCGUCAAGCGAGAUUAUACAUUUCCCGAAGAUUUUCCUGCCGAUGCAAAGGAUCUCGUCGAGAGACUGCUAGUCCUAGAUCCCAUGCUACGACUCGGAGCAUCUCCUCCAUCUGGCAUACAAGCCAUCAAGCAGCAUUCUUUCUUUGACAGCAUAGACUAUGAGACGAUCUGGACGAUCUUACCGCCUAGUAUACAGACAGGCAUUACGCCGCCCCUGCCAUCGCCACAGUUGAAAUUGUUCGAAGACUUUGGCGCACUGCCAAUCGACGAUUCUGACGAGGAGAGCGAGCCUGCCGAUUCGCCACGCAACAGUAGACGGCCUUCCCAAGUACAGGUCGCCCGGGAAGACAAUCAUGCGAGCAGUCAGCCAAAAGCCUCUGCGGUCAUCGCAGAAGUCGAAUCCAACGGAUCCAAAUGGUCGAACGUUCUCAAGCCUCGCGAAUUACUUGUCUAUAGCUCCGAGAUACUCGACCGCUCUGCACUCUUUCGCAAGAGGCGUUCCCUCAUCCUGACCAGCUUCCCACGAUUGCUCUGCGUCAAAGAAAAUCGUACGACGGUCAAGGUCAAGUGCGAGAUCACCUUUCCAGAGCAAGGACUUGCGCAGGUCCAACAGACCCGGUCUAGAGGGCAUCAGACCAAAACGGCAAACGAGGCGACAUUGUCAUCUAAUUGCCUCAUCGACAUUUUCGAGGAGUCGUCAAAGGUCUUCUCCGUCCGCACGCUCGCGAAGCUGUACCGCUUCGAAGACCCGAGUGGUCAAUCGCAGCGCUGGGCAGCGGAGCUGCGAGAAGUCGCGACGGGAGGUGGCAAGGGGCUCAGCCCACCUGCGUGAUCGUCUGGCACCAUGCCCACUGCAGUGCAGCCGUGUAUCAUGUCUGGUUGUUGUAGGACUAACGAGCGUUUCACGAAAGCAGCAUAGCUGACAAUGUCUGCAAGACUGGUACAAUCGUCGUGUAUAACUAAAG